UGUGUGUGUGUGUGUGUGUGUGUGUGCGUCCCAGUGAGGCUCAGGGUCUGGACUUUAUGUGCGUUGCCCUGGGAGACGGUGGUACCGCCUGGGCCCUGGAUGCCAGUGGCAGCCUGUGGUUCAGAACCGGUAUCUGUGGGUCCAGACCGCAGGGGGACGACGACCACUGGUGGCAGAUCAGCAUCUCGGACUACGUGGUCUUCGAUCAGGGCAGUCUGUUCCAGACGCUGCUGCAGGCCACCCAGAGCGUUGCCACGGUAACCAGGGCGCCAGUGGAGCGGGUGGUGGCCUUCCUGUCGCAGUACUCGCAGUGCCAGCCGAGCCUGGUCAGCGCCAACGCCAGCGGAGUCUGGGUCGCCUCUGGCCGGAACCAGCUGCACCUGGCCCGCGGCAGUCUCGUGGGAACCUUCUGGCAGAACGUUGUUCCAAGAGGAACCGUCUCAGCCACCAGGUGGACCUUCAUCACGUCAUCGGCUGUCCCGCACAGAGAAGGUACGUUCCUGUGGUUGGCUCAGAGCCGGAAGGAUCUGUUCUGUGUCUGGGACCAGGAUGGAGAGCUCCGCCCCUCCUCCGUCCCUCUACCACCUGAGGUGGAGCUGACUCACCUGUCUGCCUGCCGUGAUGCUCUGUGGGGUUUGGACACGCACGGCAGAGUCAGUAUUCGGACGCUGUCUCCGUCCUGUCCCAUCGGACUCCACUGGACCCCCCUGGACCUCAGCCAGCUCGGGAGUGUUCGUCUGGUCAGUGUGAGCUGCGGCAGUCAGAACGUCUGGGCCGUGGACAGUCGAGGAGUCGUUUACUUCAGAGUCGGAACCCAGCCUCUGAACCCGAGCAUGAUGCUGCCAGCCUGGAUCCACAUAGAACCCCCUGUACAGGUAACACACACACACCGGAUCCACAUAGAACCCCCUGUACAGGUAACACACACACCGGAUCCACAUAGAACCCCCUGUACAGGUAACACACACACCGGAUCCACAUAGAACCCCCUUUACAGG